AGGUGGUUUUCUACAGGGCAUGGUGAACACAUAAGGCUAUAUGGACACGUGGUAGAAGAUGAAGACGAUUGCUAUUUGGAAGUAAUCCACCUGUGGGUGUUAAUCAUUUUCCUUAGUAAAUCUGUAUAUAAUAAUGAUGAUGAUAAUAAUAAUAAUAAUUAACAGUAGUAAUAAUAAUAAUAUUGCCCGCUAUUAUUUUGCGUGGGGAUUCAAGAGCGCAAGUGGCAUGCACACAAUACUUGCAUCUUCCAUUCCAUGACCAGAGGCCCGGCCGACCAUGUACGCCGUCGACGAGAGGGAGGCACACAGGGCCUCUCCUUUUUACCGGGCCGUUGUGCACGCCGUUGACGGGAGGGCAGACGGCCAGACGGCGACCGGCAGUUGCGCCCGGAAAUCACGUUGCCACGGCCACUUUCUCUCCAAACCCCCCAACCACCUUGCCUUCUCACCUGAUCUCCGUUUCACAGUGCAUCCACCGUACACUACCACCACGGACAAGCGCACAUUCCUGUCCAGCCAAACCACUGCUGGAUUAAGGUUUGCUGCUUUGCUUGGUACGAGGAGGGGAGCAGCGGGAGGUCGAGGACGAUGGUGCUGGCGGAGAGCAUUGGCAAGUACAGGGUCGGCCGGACCAUCGGGGAGGGCGCCUUCGCCAAGGUCCGGCUCGCCGUCGACGCCGAGACUGGCCGCUGCGUCGCGGUCAAGGUCAUCGACAGGAGCACGGUGCUCAGGAACAACCUCAUGUAUCAGGUGAAGAGAGAGAUCGGCGCGAUGAAGCUUCUCAACCACCCCAACAUAGUCAAGAUACACGAGGUAGCUGCUCAAAUUCCUUCACCAUUCCAUCCAUUGCCCAAGCAUGCAGCAUUGGCAGGACUGAAGCCUCUUCCGUGCCUUACUGCGGUUACAUUCACGCAGGUGAUCGCGACAAAGACCAAGAUAUGUCUGGUGAUGGAGUAUGUUCCGGGAGGGCAGCUCUCCGACAAGCUAAGUUACCUCAAGAGAUUGGAUGAGAGGGAAGCGAAGAAGUACUUCUACCAGCUGAUUGAUGCUGUGGACUAUUGCCACCGGAGAGGCGUCUUUCACAGGGAUCUCAAGCCUGAGAACUUGUUGCUAGAUAAUCAGGGCAAUCUCAAGGUAUCCGAUUUUGGCCUCAGCGUGCUACGGAAGCCAGGGCAGUUGCUAUCCACAUCUUGCGGCUCUCCAUGCUACGUGGCUCCUGAGGUGAUUCAGCACAGGACUUACGAUGGGGCGGCCGCCGACAUCUGGUCAUGCGGAGUGAUCCUGUUUGAGCUCCUUGCUGGUUAUCUGCCAUUCCAGGACUGCAGCUUGAUAAACUUGUACAGAAGGAUAUCUCGAGCGCAGUAUGCAUUACCGCAAUGGAUAACGCUGCCUCAGAAGAAGAUUAUCUUGAGGAUACUCGAUCCAUCUCCUAUAACGAGAGCGAAGAUAAAUGAUAUCUUCGAUGACGAGUGGUUCCAAGAGGGCUACAAUCCAUCAGUAAGGAGAACUGAGAGUGAUUAUGGUGAUGAUUGUGUUGAUAUUGAUGAGACUGGCACAAAUAGUGAUGGCAGCCACAGCACAGAGGUAAGAGAAGCUGGGGCAGCAAAUCCAGAGCCUGAGCAGUUCAUCAACGCGUUCCGGUUGAUAGCGACGUGCAGAGAUCUCGACUUGUCAGGACUCUUCCAAGAGCAGAAAACAAAGCUCGGCUCGCCGCACUCGGUGCAGGAAACACUGGAGAUAAUCACAGCUGCAGCCCGGGAUGUGAGUUUGUCAGCAAGGAGAAUGGGCAGCUCCAUGGUGAAGCUUCAGGACAUCAGAUUGCUAUCAAGAAGCAUGCUGGAUCUUACACUCUCGGCCGAGGUGAUCCAGGUGACACCAGCACACUGCGUCGUCGAAGUGUCCAAGUCCAGCGGUGAUCUGAGAGCAUACAAAGAGUUUACUGAUGAUCAAUGCAACUCUAUUGCAUUCAACGCAUGCAGUUCUGCACAAGCCUGUGCAGAUUGCUCAAGAGGCGGGUGCAGCAGCAUGGCAGCUCAUCUGAUUUGGAGACCAACCUAGUCUGAGUAAAGGAUGACUAAUUCUGUCAAGAGAGCAAAACAGCCGAGGUGGCAUAACCUGCUAGGAGAGCUUACAACUAGGCCAUUUCGUUGGCAGGCAGCCUCCCCUUACACCGAGGACUUGAUGCUCGAAGAUUUGUAAUGCUAACCUGGUUAAUCGAUGCAAUCUCUCUUUCCCAUCACGAAGGAAAUAUGAGCUAUCAUUUCAACAACUGAAAUUCGAAUCAGAGCAUCUAACAGAAACUUUGUGGUAUAUAAUUACCAUUCCACCACAGAGGAUCAUUUUCUUUAUACUUUUUGUGAGUCAUAGGCAUUAUUGUAUCACUGCUUCCAUAACAGAAUGGGAUUUAUUUACAUGUCAUAACGCGAGGAAACAUAGCAACAUGUCUGGGGUAUUCGGAACCAAGAGUGAAGUACCCAGCUCAGUGAUCACGUUGCCCUACUGCAAUGCUUGCAUCAUGAUUGAGCGAUGAGAGAGCUGUUGCUCAUACAGUGACCUGAAUAUCUGAUAUUUGGCAUCAUGGUAUUUCUU